UAAAAAAGAACCCUUGACAUACUUUUAUCUCUGUCAUCAUAUAAGAUUUUUUGUUAAUUAAUUUGUACCCAUUAAUAUGACCCAUAGUGCAUGAAUCAUAAUUCUAAGAAGAAUCCUCAGGCAAAGAUUAGCUGGGAGUUACAGUAGAUACAGGUGAUUACCAGAAUAUUCAAUGAUAAAUAUGACACAUAUGGUUAAAUACUCCUUAUUCAAGCAAUGGAGAACAUAUGAUUGAACCAUCUCUGUACCCAGCAUAGAUGUUGAGUAAAGAGAAAGGUAUAGCAUAGACAAAACAAUUCAUGAAUGGCUUUUUUGCAUAAAAUAAACCUUAUAUCCCAUGGUUCUGUAAUUGCACCAUGAAUACUUGUUCUGUAUUGGUUGCUACGCUCACAUAGGCUUUGUCAAAUAUACUGGUAUACAAAACAUAUAUUUCUCAGGCCAAAAAAAACAUAUUUGAGACAAAAAUCAAAGUUGUAUUCACUAUCAAGUUAAACUGAUCCUUUAAUUUAAAAUUGAAAAAUUGUGAACAGGUUUAUAUAUAAUAUUGCUUUAAUGUUAUACAUGUAUGGCUAUUUAGAUUUCCACUGCACAGCUUGCAUGUAACCUUAUUUCAUAUGUAUAAUGCACAUAACCCUAUUAUUCCGAUCCAAUGUACAAUACAAGAUAUUUGCUAGUUGGACCUCUAAAGCAAGUAGGCCCUACAUGGCCACAUGAAUAAAUCCCUAAGAUUCUAAAUGGCAGUAAACACAACACUUGCUUCAUAGUUUCCCUUUCUUUAUACUAAAAAGAAAUGGAACAUUCAAGACUAAUUUUGAAAAGAAAAUCUUCAGAUACUGGUGGGAGUGUAAACCCACUGGCAACUACAGAGGAUGAGAACAGCACUAAGGAAGACAAAAGUGGAACAGACUUGGAACUGACUGAGCCCCGGAAGAUUGAAUCUAGACCUGGAAGUUCCAGAUCUCAUUACGAGGAACUGUCCACUCUGACUGAUCUAAUUCCAUGCUGUGUUCGAGCCCAGAAACGGUUUUCCUUCAAACUCUUCCUAUUCUUGAUGACUUUUGGACUGGACUUUUUGGAUUUCCUUGUGGACUGGCUCUUUUUCAGGGACAUUCAUGGCAUAAAGCCAGGACUUGUGUAUGGACCAAUUGAAAGUUCCAUUGUCUAUUCUUCAUUAUUUUUUGCUAUUGUUGGCACCAUUGCAAUUGUAUUUGAAAUAGCAAAUAUUGGUAAGGAACUUUUCUUUGAGCCUGCCUGGAUUAAUCCGGAUAUUGUUUCAUGUUUUUUCCUCUGGAUUGAGGAUAUUCCACAGCUGAUCAUAGGGGUCCGCAUAGCAAUGUGUCGAGAGGAAGCUGUUAGCUUAUUCCAGAUCAUCAAGGCCUCGGCACUGCUUUACGGGAUAGUGGUUCGAAUAAGCCUUCUUUCUAUUCGAUAUUUUAGCAAAAAGGGCAUUGAUGCUUUACAAAGCCUGAGAAAAGGGUGGAAGUAUGCUCUUAAAUUCAUGUUCUUAAGUGGAAUGAUUUUUAUAUUAAUGGGGUCAGUGUCUGUCUUUGUCCUUACAUUGUUCGAAAGAGGAGCAAAUGAAAGCAUUCGUUUUAAUCACCCCAAAAGCAUGUUUGAGGAAGACUACAAUGAGGCUAGGUAUUUUGACAACGUUAGCAUAUUUUUUAACCACCCUGUUUUUGAUUUAAAUAUGUACAAUGAAACACAAAGGGUGCAUUUUGUGAAACUCCUGUCCAUAUAUGAAAUAAGAUCAAGAAAAUCUGCUCUUUUCAAAAUUUCUUAUGAUGAACUAACAAAGACCAAAUAUGUUAUCUGGCAUGAGGACAAAAACGGCCAACUAAAGGCAGACGAAUGCUACAGAAUCAAUCCUAUGCGUGGUACAGUGACGUUUCAACAGUACUACUGCGAUCAUUUCCUCUGGAAUGACCAAGUGUCCUCUUUUAUCUUCAAAUUAAAAUUCAUUCCGAGCUCCAUCCCCGAGAGGAGAUUUGGAGACAUACAAUACAAUGUUUUAGUCAGGGAGCUGGGCACUUGUCACAGCCCCCAGAUGGACAUUGUCACCACUAUUGAGAAUCAUAAGGGUGAAGGUCACUAUGACCGGGCAGUGAUACACUAUUACAGGACCCGCCCAGGGAUCAGUCAGGACCACCACCUGAUUGUGGGGGGUCACAGCACCGCCCGAUUCUACAUGUUUGAUGAAGAUCUAAUUGACAUUGCCACAGUAUGGAGAACUGGGUUUUCUUUUUGUAAAAGUACAGGAAAUUUGGCUCCAGACAUCAGAAAGGAUAUAACGGUAGACUGUGACAUGUAAACUUUGUGUGCAUACAAUGAUAUAACUGAUCUUUUUUUCCCUAUGUGAUAAUAAUAUUCCUUAGAAUUAUGAGGCUGUAUCAUCAAUAUGCAUACAAGGGUGUAAAAUGUCUCUAAUAAACUUUAGAACCAAUUUUUUUCUCAAGUUGACCAACUGUUUUCACCUAAAUUAACUGAAUUUAUGCUUGGCAGAAAACUAUUGAUAAACUUCUGUUUGUCUAUCCACUGACUGUUAUAGCCACACAGUU